GGUAUAUCUGUCGAUCAGUAACAUCCGAAUAACGCAACUGUCGGACAAUUCUGUGCGAGCUGAAGGUAAAUUUUCGUUCAGCUUGUACUCACUUAAAUUAAGAUGAAAUUCGUGAUAUUUUUGUUCGGGUCGAUUUUCAUCGUCGCCAGUCACCAGUAUUUCCAAAACCAGCCAAGAGAAAUGACUUAUUGGAUGGGGCCGUACUCACCUCAGCACCCCAGCAUCAUUAACAAAUACCGUCAACCAUUGGUUAUUUACUACUCCAAGCCACGAUUCACUCCGGAAAUCUACUCGUCGCAAAAUGAAAAUAUUUAUCGUGAUUUGAUUGCAUCGCCCAACGAUGAACAAAUCACGGACACACAGCAGCAGAUCUUUCCAGACACCGAGUCAAGGGUCAAAAGUUCAAGUUGGACGAAUCUGUCAUCUUCGAAAGGAGAUUCGAACGAGCAGGCGAAUAACGCCCGUUUUUUGUACAAUUUAUUCGCCACUAGCGGGACGUAUACCAAUCCUUUUUUCAAAACGGCCACGUUCACCGUGACGUCAUCCGUGUCCCUCACUUCCAUUGUCAAUUGUGUUCCGUCACUUCAAUUGGCGAAUAAUGCGGCUGGAGUAGCUUGCCGUCGCAAGAGGAGUGAAGGCGAUAUACCUGCUGAUGCCAGCAUGCCUACCUUUUUAAAAAACAACAACCAAUCCUGGAUUUUUCCUUCAACACCCGAAAAAUUGAUUCCAACCUUGAUUGAACCGAGCUACGAACAACUUUCUUCAUCAAAAGACGACGAAGAGUUAACCUUCAGUGACAUGUCGACAAUGAUGGGGCAGCAUCCAAGGGAGAAACGAUUUCUGUUCGCCAAUAGGGAUCAGUUUGUCGUCAAAUCGACUAUUACCACAUUUUCGUUUUUUACCGCGGUUUCUACAGUCACGCGUAAUCUUCUAAAUCCUCCACCAGCUGCUCAGUGUCAAGCUGUAGCUAUGGCUAAUGUGCCACAGUGCGUUGCCUGUUUGCCGGCUGGCUACGUUGUUUGCCCUGCCACUGGAUAAGCGACGCACGAAAAUCUAUUUGGCCUAAUACCUGUUGCGACCAUCUACCACCGGCACCAUUUUUUAAAUAACGAUUCUUAUAUUGAGCGAGAGUCUACUAUACUGUCACAGGACAGUCUAGGCUUUCGAUUCUAUUUCAAAUGUUGGCAGUAUUCGUGUAUGCUAUCCUACUUUCAGUAGUAAAUGCUUUGGGUUAUUGGAUUCAAUUUUAAAUACAAUAUGUUAUUCAAGCAAGAA